CUCUCCCGGAAGAAGGGUCGGGGGGCAGGGCGUGCGGAUAACAUGAAGAUGGGGAUUCUUCGUCCCACGACCACCGGGAGGAGACCCUCACCACUCACUGUGCACGCGCGAGGGGGGAAGGGGACCGCGUGCUGGUGGGUACUCGGAAUGUAAUGAAUGCGUAUCCGCAUCCUGGAAGCUACUGAUUCUGCAUUAGUUCGGCCUCCGUCUGCAGCUUUUUCCUGCCGCUGUGCGAGUUAGGAGCAGGUCCCCCCCUUGCACCCGGCGUCGCAGCCCUGAUGAAACGUACCUGCUUUUACAACUGCCUUGCGGUCAUAGAGUCUGAUCCCACGCGUCAGUGUGCGCCGCUCCUCGGGGCAGCGCGUGCCAGGGCCCUCCUCGGGAACCAUUUCUUCCUGCUAUGGAACCCACCGAGCGCCCGGGCCGGCGCUCUCCAAAUGAACACGCGGUGCUGACAGACUUAUUGCGGGCAGGGCGACGAAUCCGCUGUUGGGACGGCGGUGCCGGUGCCCAGCGGGCCCAUCUGUGUGCGUGGGGGGGAGAGAGGGGCGGCGGGGGGGGUCGCAGAUGUCACUGAGAUAUGAAACGUCUCUGCAGAGCUGGAAGGGCAGGAGCUGAGGAGAUACGAAGGGCUCCCAUCGUGUUCCUGAGUGCCGCUCCUCUUCUGGCCGCACGCUGAGGGCAGGUGGAGGCCGGAACAAAGGGCAGGAGCCGGGGCAGAGAACUGUUUUGCUUCUUCAAUCUUCCUGGACGCUGUAUUUAUUGCUGCACGUCCAAAAGUGCAGCAGUUUCUGGAGUGCCAGGUGGGACCCGAUAGGUGACGGUCCUCUCGCCACCAAGCAUCCAGUUGCCAGCAGUGGGUGAGUUCACUGGGACUUUGGGGAUGGGAGGUGGCAGCCAGCAAGCCUUCAGUUUCUGCGACUAAAUUGGAAGGCUUGGAAGCACGCUACGCUGCGUGGGAAAUGCACUUGGUGCAGGAAAGGGGAUGUCCUUAGCCAAGGUACUGGAAAACUGAAGGAAAACAGAUGAAACUGCAGAUCCCUCAACAAAAACGUGAGCAGGUGACACUUGAUGUGGCAGGUUUGUGGUGCUGGAAAUAUCCAAAUAAUUUUCUAGGACGGUUUCUCUGAUAAAGCAGAUUUUAUUUGCAAUUGCAAUGGCGGGCCUCCUGCAAGCAGGAGAGCCCCGAGAAAGCAGUGUUACAUCUUUUAUCCCCUAUUGCCCGCCGCUGAUCUCUUUCUCCCCUGGUUCCUCAUUGGCUGAGUACUGCAGGUUCACACUCUUUCGUGACGUUUCACUAAUCAUACAAACACCGAGUAGACACAAAUCUUUGCCGCCCAGAUGCAAAUGUCUUCAUUGGUUAACUGACUUCUAACAAUUGCUUUCUUAACAAACAAAUUUGGUCGUAACUUUUCGGAUGUCAGUUUUACAGCAUAAACAUGGAAAUAGCCUCAAUCGUUUAAUUACCCCCCCUAACAUUUGUGCCCCUUCACACUGGUCAUUGUUCUGGUCAUUCACCUGUCCUUGCAUAGAGAUAAGCUCGGAAGGAGGAUAGAGGGGAGUACCUUGGAGCCUGCCUAUGGCAUCCUAACAUUCCCACAAAGUGGGACAGUUCUGCUUUGUGUAAAGGCCCUGACUCCUUGAAAGUUCGUUCAAUGUGUUUUGCUUCUGCCGGUCUAAUGAACAACCUCACAAUCUGUUUCCUAGUUCACAAUACUAUACCCAUAUUGUUUAGAACAUUCAAAAUCUAUUGCAGCUUCGUGAGAAAGUAUUUGUUAGGUAAUUUGGUAACUAUGUUUCUAAAAUAUGUUACUAAUAUGUAUAUGGUAUUCUUACUUUCCACAUCAGCUAUUUCUAAGGGUAUGUUGCAGCUUAAUUCUUUAGAUCAAUUGCCCUUUUCAAUGUUCAGGGCAGAAACAACACUUUCACUUUCCACAGAGGGAAGGUCAGCUUCCCCGUGUUUGUGUGUCAGCCGUCAUCCUCCGUACCGGAGAGGCUUUAUCUGCUCGUCUUGCUUAAUUGCAGCACGUUUCACACGCAUGGACAACCUGUGCAAUAGCACCCUUGAUCCAGACCCCAUUUCCAUAUUGCAUCCCUUCCUCAAUGGCCGGAGGCGUCAUGGGAGCAUGGAGCAGGAAUUAAUUCCCUCUUGGGGUAGUUGAAGCACUAUGAAAGUCUGCCGGGUGAAGCCGUGCGUGCUCCAUCCCCGGAGGUGUUCAGGGCUUCGCUCUGUGCGACACUCACUGUGGCUGCAGCGGUGGUGUUGGAAGCAUGGUGCGAGUGUGGGGGGCCAUGGCCCCUGCCCGCCUUGUCCUCUUCCUCCUACUGAUGGCCAUGUGUUUCCGGGAGACCUGUGCUGCUCCGUGGCGAGCACCGGGAGCAGGUGGGUGGGCAGAGAUGGGACCCAAACCGAGCAGCACUGGCGGCAAGAAGUCAGGCUGUGUCCCCACGGCCCUGUGCCACGCUUCCCUGGGGCCUGCCUUCCACGGGGGUGCUGUCGGGCAGGGGGUGAGGGCCAGCGCAGCAGGAGCCGGGCCGGAGCCUGUGGCAGCGCUGCUCCCCAGAGCCGGCUCCAGCCACGCCGGGCCAUGGCUCUGCUGCUUGCUGGCUGGAGCACAGCCUUCAUCCUGGGAGACGUCCUGGGGAGAGCUGGGAAAAGCGUGAGCAUUUCUGCUCCAGGCUCGUGGUACUCGUGGUACCCUAGGUGAAUGCCAGCUUCCAACACAGAGCCCCGGCCCACGGCCCAGAGGAAGAGACAGGCGUGCCUUCCUCCAGUGCUUCAGGGUGACCUUCCUGUCCGUUAGAGGCCUCCCAGUAAGAAAGCCCCGGGGGGCUGCAUCUUCUUCCACGCGGUCCGUGAGGGAUGUGGCACACGGCUUGGGGAGAGCACUGUGUACGCUGCCAGGUGCCAGCCUACACGUCAUCCUGGCCACUCCGCAACUUUGGAAAUCAUGACCUGAGUCCUUCUGCCAUCCCGUUGCACGACCCGCAUCCAGUGACCGAGGGAGAAGGAGAUCACGCCAUGCAAUGGGAAUUUCUCCCAUCUGUUCUUGAUUCUAGGUGAUGCCCUUGGUGCUCCCUUUGCAAAUGAUCGUUUGGGUUCGGAUUUUGUGCCUGUGCCUGUGGAACAACCCAGAGGCCCUGCUGGUGAAUCCACAGGAGAGUAUCCUGUCUACGAGCCUGAAGGGGAUGCUGGAGGUAAGUCAGCAGGCUUCAUUUCCUCGGUAUUGGAUCAUAUUUGGCUGGGAUAGUUCAGCAAGGGUUCCGCUUUUCAGCGGCCAGCGGGUUCUUCUCCCCGAGAAGCGUGGAUGGCCGUUGUUUCUUGGGUGCUCCGUGCUGUCAGCGUGGUGUUGCCUUCGUCCCUGUAUCUCCGAGGUCUCUCAGCAAGAAAAUUUCAAGGGGCUGAGUGUUCUUCCAUGAGGUCCCUGAGCAUUGUUUCCCGUGGCCUGGAGAAAGUAUUUGGAAAGCUGUGGAAUACCAGCCAGCAGGUCACCUGGCUGCUCUGCAGCUUUGGAACUUUCCCCCCGUGCCAUUAGCUGAGCCCCUUCCUUCACCGCAGCUCGCUAAGGAAGAGAGAGAUGGGCACUUGCAAUGGCAACGUUUCUCCUCUGUCCUUGCUUACAGCUGUGUCUCCAGGCAGUGGCUUACCAAAGCCUAGGUUUAGUCCAGUUCAUGCAGUUGAGUUAAGAGGUGGGCUGAGCUCCAGGAGGGUGUUCCUCUGGGCGGUUGCACACGGGGUUAGUUAUGAAUGGCGGCGGUGCCCCUGCAAGGCACCCAGGACCUGUUUCCGAGGUGCUCCUGUGUGGAAGGGAGAGAACAGAGUCGUGAAGGAAUCCCUGGCUUUAAUUGCAUCCUGUGUCAUUCUGCCUGGAAGGAUGUUUAAUGGGAGUUGCUGUGUCGUGCGUUUGUUUGCAGAUGGGACUGGAGCAGGUGAUCCAGGAUCCGCUCUGAGCUCUGGGACCGAAACUCUGGCGGAUGGCAUGGGUCCGGAAAGAGCAGAGGAUGAACCCGAAAGAGGAAGAAAGUCCCAGGGCUUACCCCGUCUCCUAAAGGAACUGCUGAAGGAAAUAGAGAAGGCACCGCGUGGAAUUGACCAAGAAACUGAGCAGGAUGCACUGCAGGAAGGCAGCCAUCCCACCCUGCCGGUCUCGGACAGUGGAACGCAGGCAGCGCCAACAGCUGGCACGCCAGGGAUGAAUGCCGGGAAAAGCACAGAGGCUGCUGUUCACCAAUCUGCGCGGAAGCGCUACAUCGCAGCCAUGGUAAUGUUCCCUGCUGCAGUGCUGGCCUGUGGUGCUGUGAUAUGGAUGUGCAAAAAAUACUUAGUGCGCAAGAGAGAAGAGAGAGCAGCAGAACCGGCUCAUCCUGAUACCAACUAGGAGAGAGUUCCAACUGGAGACGAGGGCAGAAUGGAGCUGGGAGAGGCAACAGAAGAGACUCUUGCCCCAUCAAACAGGAAUCUCAGCAAUAGUUCUGGUCCAUUCCGUUCUGCCAUCCAAGAGGCCAAAGGUCUUCAAAGUCACCUGGAAGGCCUGGAGCGUGAACUGAGAGCCGUGAAAGAGGUCCACGGGAACAGUCCUGAGUGCUGCUUUCUGUCAGCGGACGGCCCUGAACGUGAGAGCGGGGAAUCAGCAGCAGAGCUUUUGUCCUUCAUCCCGCACUCUCCAGGACAAGUAUCACCAAUAAUUUGAAGAUUCUUAGCUCGCCAUAGCUACAAUCUUUCUGAGGGUCCUGAUGAGGACCCAGAAAGCGAGCUUCCUCCGUCUCAGAUGAUGAACUGGAUGCACCUCAAGAUCUUGUCAGACUUCCUGCACUGCUCCAUCUGCAAGACUACCCCCUGCUCCACUUGAGGUUCAAGUGGAGGUGUGCAGGACGUGGGUGAGCUCCUACAAAAGCAAAACCAAAACCAAAAACAACCAACUAAACACCCACAAUAAAACAAACAAACAAACAAACAAAAAAUCCUAUGCUGUUCUCUUUCUUGGAUAAACGGCUGUUUACGAGGGUGGAUAGUGAUAGGACGUGGCGGAGUGGUUUUAACUGGAGACAGGGGUGGAU